AUGUAUAGAAACACUUUUAUCAAACUUUUGUUUGUAUUUUUCCUUUGUGGAAUCCUGAGAGCUACUGCUUUAUAUAACAAAAGAGAAGCUGAGAUGGACAAGGAAGAAUACGAAUCAGAAAUCAAUAUUUUCAAUUGCAAAUUAGGAGCUACCGACAAAGACUCAUGGUUAGAACGAAUGGAUGGUGUCAUUGCUGCUAUGAAAUCAAAUCUGAUUAGGAUGAAUACAUUCUUCACUCUUCAAGGCGCUCUGGCUGAUCAAGCUGAAGAUAUUCUGGUCCGCCUUAAUGGCGAUGACAAGACUUCUCCUUGGACUUAUGUUGGUGCUGAUGCUGGUGUUCCAAUUUUUUAUAAUUCUAGUGAAUGGGGAUUUGUAAAUGGAACUAGCCAAACAUUCCGUUCACCACAUCCUCCACCCUGGGCAGCAGCUUUUUCAACAGGUUUAUUUAUCAACAAAAUGGAUGAGUCAGAAAUAAUUAUAGUCAAUGCCCAUGCUGAUGCGGAAUCUGAAGAAGAACAAAAAAUGGCUACUAAAUAUAUUCUAGGAAAAGUCUCUCCUCUUAAGCCAUACCCUCCAUGGAUGAUAGCUGGAAAUCUCGAUUAUUCUACUAUUAGUAAAAUUCUUCCCAGUAUUAGGACUGACGGCAGCAUUAGGGCUGAUAACAGCAUUAGGACUGACGGCAGCAUUAGGGCUGAUAACAGCAUUACGGCUGGGAAUAUCGUUUUUGCAGUUGGAGAUGGUAUUGCGGUAUCUGCAUAUGAAUCAGUCGAUAAUAAGCUGGAUGACGGUAUUGUGUUUAGCGAAGAUAAACCUUCCAUAGUUACCAUAAAAAUUCGAAGAGACUGGUGA